AUAUCAUACCUUCUUCACUCAUGUUUAUGUAUAGCAACUUCGAUAAAGUGUCAGUCUAAAUUGCAGAUGUGUCCCGUUUACACCGGUUAUCAGCGCAAUUUCAACUCAUGAGAAGACUAUAGUUCUCACUAGUUCUUUGAAAACUCACUUCCGUUUAAUCAGCCCAAGCCAAGCAAUAUGGCAAAAACCCCAGGGAGUGUUCUGCGUUGGGAUGUACUACCAGAAGAUGUAAAACGAUUGACGGAUGAUCUCAUCGCAAAAGCGAAGUCACUCUACGACUCUGUUGGCAGUUUGAAGGCAGAGGAUGUCAACUUCAAUAACGUCCUGAAGGUAUUGGCUGACAAUGAGCGAGACUAUGACACACAGAGAAAUAUGCUGGACUUUCCUCAGCAUGUUUCCACAAACAAAAGUCUGCGGGAGGCUAGCACAGAAGCUGAUAAAGCGCUCUCGGACUUUGACGUUGAAAUGAGCAUGAGACAAGACAUCUAUGAUAACUUGGUGGCGUUUGAAACGAAAGCUAAAAGCUGCAAGUUGGAGAUGACUCCAGAGACAAAACGCUACUUAGAGCUAAUAAAACUAGGGAAACGAAAUGGUUUGCACUUGCCGAAGCAGACACAGGAUCAGGUGAAGGAGGUCAAGAAGAGAAUGAGUGACCUGUGUAUUGAUUUCAGUAAAAACCUAACUGAGGAAAACUCCAUUCUAGAGUUCACCCAGGAAGAGUUGGGGGGCUUGCCAGAAGAUUUUGUUACUGCUCUGGACAAAGGCGAGUCCGGAAAGUUCAAAGUCACGCUUAAGUACCCACAUUACUUUCCCAUUAUGCGCAAGUGUCAUGUUCCUCAGACUAGGAAAGCGAUGGAACAUGCGUUCAGCAGCAGAUGUAAUGAAGAAAACACUCCUAUUUUAGAAGAACUAAUACAGCUCAGACAGAAGGUUGCUGACCUUCUUGGCUAUCCGACACAUGCUGCAUACGUGCUGGAAAUGCGCAUGGCAAAAGACACUGACACUGUCACAAAGUUCCUUUCGGAACUGUCACUCAAGUUGCAAGACCUCAAAGAAGCUGAGAUGAAAGAGAUGCUCACGUUCAAAGAGGAGGAGUGCAAGAAACAUGGCUACGAGUUUGAUAACCGCAUCAAUCCUUACGACUUUCGCUAUUACAUGACAGUGGUAGAGGAGCGUAGGUACGCUGUUGACCAGAACAAGCUGAAAGAGUACUUCCCACUGCACGUCGUCACCAAGGGGCUGCUAGAUAUAUAUCAGGAUCUGCUGAAUUUGAAGUUUGAGAAGGUUGAGGCACCACAUGUAUGGCAUGAAGACGUGACAAUGUACAGUGUACUGGAUUCAAAGUUAGGGGACAAGCUAGGAUACUUCUACCUGGACUUGCAUCCACGAGAGGGAAAGUAUGGACAUGCUGCUUGUUUUGGGCUUCAGCCAGGCUGCCAGAAUUCUGAUGGCUCAAGGCAGAUAGCCAUUGCUGCUAUGGUGGCCAACUUCACAAAACCAACAAAGGAAAAACCUUCCCUGCUCACACACGAUGAGGUCGAAACCUACUUCCACGAGUUUGGUCACGUGAUGCACCAGAUCUGCGCCAAGGCCGACUAUGCUCACUUCAGCGGAACGCACGUGGAGCGCGAUUUUGUCGAGGCGCCGUCGCAGAUGCUCGAGAAUUGGGUGUGGGAGAAGGAACCUCUCGUUCGCAUGUCGGGCCACUAUGAGACUAAUGAGCCACUGCCAGAUGCACUGAUGGAUACGCUUAUCAAAUCCCGGACUGCCAACACUGGUUGUUUCAACCUCAGGCAGAUCCUUCUGGCAACCUUUGAUCAGACCAUACAUAAGCAGGCACAGGCAGACACGGCAGCUCUGUUCUCCCAGUUAUCGGAGCAGAUCUUAGGCAUUCCAGCGACUCCCGGAACAAACAUGCCAGCAAACUUUGGCCACCUGGCAGGCGGAUACGAUGCUCAAUACUAUGGCUACCUGUGGAGCGAGGUAUUCUGCAUGGACAUGUUCUACACUCGCUUUAGGAAGGAGGGCAUCAUGAGUGCUGCAGUUGGCAAGGACUACAGGCAGACAAUUCUAGAGCCUGGUGGCUCCAUGGAUGGGAUGGAUAUGCUGAAAAACUUCCUUGGAAGAGAGCCAAACCAAGAAGCAUUCCUCAUUAGUAAGGGACUGGCACUCUAGAUAACACUUGCUACCUUCAGUGGGAUUUCCACACACUUAAUUGGUACUAACACAUGCUUAAUUUUAGUAUCGAAUUUACCUAUCAGCCUUUAACUACAUCUAAUGGACCUGGCCAUGGACUGGCAGGACAUCUAGAAAAAAGAGGUUGAAAUCUCUGUUAAUCAGAAAGUUAAAAUUUUGUGUAUUUUUAUUAAAAGAUUUCUAUGUCUGUUUGCUAUGAACAGACCGACCCUUGAGAAUAAUUGUACCAGAGAAAAUAUUGGUCGUUUUUCUGGCACCCCAACUCCAAAACUUAAUUAUGCAUGUGCCUGUACUAUUCAGUUACGAAGAAAUGUUCACCUACCAACCAACCCUACAAAAGCCAAUCGAGGUUAAGCAAUUAGGUCAGGCAUCAAAACAAGGAUGUAGAAUUCCAUUGAUAGAUGUUAAUUAUUGUAAGGAAAUUAAUUGGGGGCUUCUGCUGUUCACCUAGAAUAAUAAAUAACAAUUAAUUUACCAAUUACUAUGCAAACAUCUUUGGUUGUGAUACGAACUAGCACACCCCAUGUUGAAUGAUUUAAUUUGCUAUCAAUGCCAUAUAGUUCCGUGUUUGUUCAAUGGCAUUUUUUUUCUGUGAGUCAGGAUGGUAUGAAUUGAAUAAUUAAUUAAUGUAUUUUUUUAAAGUCAAAUAUGUUCUAAACCAACUUCAACGACAUACAGAUGAUUAUUUCAGUAUUA